CCCUGGACCACUCCGACGUGCUGCACUCUAUACUGCAGACCACGCCUGCUCGCCCCUGCCGCGCCCCUCUCUGCCGCUGCCUCCGCGCGCCCUCGGCAGCUCGGGCCGCGCCGCGCUCGUCUCUGGCCUGCGCGCCUCCGCUGCGCCUGCCGGCGCCAGCACGCCGCAGCCAUGGACGGCAUUGCGCCCGGCGCAGAGGUGCUGCAGGAGCGCUACCGCUACGGCAACAUCACCAUUGCGCCGCCCGCCGGCUGGACGGGCAACGUGCGCCCCGACGGCGCGCCGCUCUCGUUUGACCUCUUUGUGCGGCAGCAGUUCAUCAUCAACAACGUCUGCGUCGCCGCCCUCACGCUCUACAUCUGGGAGUUCAUCGCCAGCGUGCCGCAGGAGAUUGCCCUCUACCGGCGGCGCGCCUGGGACAGCCCGCAUGUGCUGCUCUUUGCGCUCGUGCGCUAUGCCACCGUGCCGGCCGUCGUGCUGCCCGCGUACUCCAUCUUCCACGACUUUACGCUCGGGUCCGACGACUGUCUGCGGCAUCAGCAGCUGUCCAUCGUGCCGGUGCAGUUCGCCGUGGCGCUGGUCUUCAGCUGGCGCGCGUGCGCCAUCUGGGGCUGGAACCGCCGUGUGGUCUGGGCGCUGGCCGUGCUCAUGGCGCUGCAGACGGGCGGCAGCUUUGCACUGCUCUGGUUCUCCGUCGACGAGCUGAUGGCCAACGGCUCGUGCAUGCCCGUGGCGUACCGCACGGCCUCGGGCCGCGCCAUCAAUACGCUGCCGUACUUCUACCUCCUCGCGAUGCUCAUGGACCUGGCGACCGUCGGCAUCUCACUGUGGCGCCUGCUCGAGAUCUCCAACGAUGGGCGCCCGCCAGACACGCAGAUCCACUUCCGCGACGUCGGCAAGCCGAUCCGCCUCUUGCACAAGCUCAAGGUGCAGUGGCGCAGCCUCACGCCGAUCGUCGAGCAACUCGUGUCGAGCGGCCUGUCCUAUCUCGCCAUCGCCACGGCCUUUAACCUCGUCAACUUCAUCCUCGAGAUCACCGAGGUGUACUACGCCAAGGCGCUCAUCCCGCUGUACGCGCCGCUGAUGGCGAUCCUCGGCCAGCGCAUCGUGCUGCUCGAGGCGCGCACCGUCUACGCCGACCGCUCCGGCUCCGGCUCGCGCGGGCGCUCGCUGGUCGAGCGCGUCAUGCGCGACGGCCGGCACUCCUGGGAGGGCUCCGACCUGAACCUCAGCGCAGCGGAGAAGCGGCCCGAGACGGGCAGCAGCGCUGGCGCGACGGCGAGUCCCGGCGUGGCGCCAGCGCCGGCGCCGCCCAUGCACGUCUCGCCCUCGUCGCUCGAGUCUGGCGAGCAGCACAACAAGGAGCUCGGCCUCGCCGACUUCCUCAGCGCGCAGCCGACGGACGAGGAUGCGCGCGAUCCGAACAACACGGGCCGCCUGUACCGGCUGCGCCACUUCCGCGGCCGAGGCAGUGUCGUGAGCGGCGAGAGCGAUGCGCCAAGCCCCGCCGAGAGCCCUGCAAGCCCGAUGCGCAAGCCGCGGCGCGCCUCUGCGUCGAGCGUGCCGCCUGGGGCGCCGCCGGUGCUGAGCGCCGAGGCGCGGGCCCUCGCGCUGCGCAUGGCCGGCAUGGAGCAGACGCCCUCGGCACCGCUGCGCUCGCUGGAUCCGCAUGCCGGCGGCGACGCGGGCAUCACGCACGCGGCCACGCCCAUCGUCCUGCCGUCCCCUGGUGCCGCCGCGCCCGAUGCGCCUCCUGCUGCUCCCUCUGCAUAGCCUGCACCUGCCAUGUCACGCUCUCCCCUCAUUGUACACCACCCCACAUCGUUCCUGCACCCACUGGCAUAGUCGCAACACGCAAGUGUGCCUGCAGGGUCCGCUCCUCAUCGGGCGCCCCACCGGCGGUCCGCACAGGGGGGCGAGACUGGCGUGGG